CGGAAGCUGGCGCAGUUGAGGCUGCGUCUGCGCAAUGUGUCGCCUCCAGUCAGUGCGCGUGGCCGCAGCAGGGGCUCGGCGCCGGGGUCUGGCGGGGCGGCGGUAGUCCCACCAUCGCUCAGGAUGCCCGAGAUCAGGGUCACGCCCCUGGGAGCCGGCCAGGAUGUGGGCCGAAGCUGCAUCCUGGUCUCCAUCGGGGGCAAGAACGUCAUGCUGGACUGCGGGAUGCACAUGGGCUUCAGUGACGACAGGCGCUUCCCUGACUUUUCGUACAUCACCCGCCACGGCCGGCUGACCGACUUCCUGGACUGCGUGAUCAUCAGCCACUUCCACCUGGACCACUGCGGGGCGCUCCCCUACUUCAGCGAGAUGGUAGGCUAUGACGGGCCCAUCUACAUGACGCAGCCCACGCAGGCCAUCUGCCCCAUCCUGCUGGAGGACUACCGCAAGAUCGCCGUGGACAAGAAGGGCGAGGCCAACUUCUUCACGUCCCAGAUGAUCAAGGACUGCAUGAAGAAGGCGGUGGCCGUCCACCUCCACCAGACAGUGCAGGUGGAUGAUGAGCUGGAGAUCAAGGCUUACUACGCGGGCCACGUGCUGGGCGCAGCCAUGUUCCAGAUUAAAGUGGGCUCAGAGUCUGUGGUCUACACGGGUGAUUAUAACAUGACCCCGGACCGGCAUUUGGGAGCCGCCUGGAUUGACAAGUGCCGCCCCAACUUGCUGAUCACAGAAUCCACGUACGCCACGACCAUCCGCGACUCCAAGCGCUGCCGGGAGCGAGACUUCUUGAAGAAGGUCCACGAGACGGUGGAGCGUGGCGGGAAGGUGCUGAUCCCUGUGUUUGCGCUGGGCCGCGCUCAGGAGCUGUGCAUCCUGCUGGAGACCUUCUGGGAGCGCAUGGACCUGAAGGCCCCCAUCUACUUUUCCACGGGCCUGACGGAGAAGGCCAACCACUACUACAAGCUCUUCAUCCCCUGGACCAACCAGAAGAUCCGCAAGACCUUUGUGCAGAGGAACAUGUUCGAGUUCAAGCACAUCAAGGCCUUCGACCGGGCUUUCGCUGACAGCCCGGGGCCCAUGGUUGUCUUUGCCACCCCAGGAAUGCUGCACGCCGGCCAGUCGCUCCAGAUCUUCCGCAAGUGGGCAGGGAAUGAGAAGAACAUGGUCAUCAUGCCUGGCUACUGCGUGCAGGGCACCGUGGGCCACAAGAUCCUCAGCGGGCAGCGCAAGCUAGAGCUGGAGGGGCGGCAGGUGGUGAGUCUGCGCCGCCUCUGCCAGCCCCAGGCCCCUCUUAGGUGGGUGGGGGCCCCGGGAGCGUCCGCCUGUGCUGAUGGCCUGUGUGCUGUGACGCUGCAGCUGGAGGUCAAGAUGCAGGUGGAGUACAUGUCCUUCAGUGCCCACGCGGACGCCAAGGGCAUCAUGCAGUUGGUGGGCCAGGCGGAGCCAGAGAACGUGCUGCUGGUGCACGGCGAGGCCAAGAAGAUGGAGUUUCUAAAGCAGAAGAUUGAGCAGGAAUUCCGACUCAGCUGCUACAUGCCGGCCAAUGGCGAGACGGUGACACUGCCCACGAGCCCCAGCAUCCCGGUGGGCAUCUCGCUGGGGCUGCUGAAGAGGGAGAUGGCUCAAGGACUGCUCCCCGAUGCCAAGAAGGCCCGGCUCCUGCACGGCACUCUCAUCAUGAAGGACAGCACCUUCCGGCUCGUGUCCUCAGAGCAGGCCCUCAAGGAGCUGGGCCUGGCCGAGCACCAGCUGCGCUUCACCUGCCGCGUGCACCUGCACGACCCGCGCAAGGAGCAGGAGAUGGCCAUGCGCGUGUACAGCCACCUGAAGAGCCUCCUCAAGGACCACUGCGUGCAGCACCUCCCUGACGGCUCCGUGACUGUGGAGUCCAUCCUCAUCCAGGCUGCUGCCCACUCUGAGGACCCAGGCACCAAGGUGCUGCUGGUCUCCUGGACCUACCAGGACGAAGAGCUGGGAAGCUACCUCACAUCUCUGCUCAAGAAGGGCCUGCCCCAGGCCCCCUGAGGCCCUGCUGCCAGCCGGAGCCCCCUGGCUUCAGCUCCAGGACUGUGUCUGCGCCUCGGGUCUUCACUGUGUCCUCCACGGCCAGCCACGCCCUUCCCCUGUGGGGAGCCCCGGCACCAGGCACCUGCCCGGCUGGCUGCUUUAGCUGAAGAAGUAACCAGGGCUCGGGGCUCUUCUCCUUUUAUUUUUACUUCUGGACUAACCCCAGGACAUGGGCAAGGUGCCAGGAUAAGGAUCUCCAGUAAAACUGCCACAGGCCGUCUAGGUGGCUUCCUUC